GUCACUUGGUUGCUUCACGGCCAUUUUGUUUAUUAUUCCUCGCUGUGGCUGGCGGGGACAAUCAAUAUCGUCUGCAUGCGUGUCUGUGGACCCGUGCGGUGGUUGACACGGUGUGGUGUGGAGUGGUGUGGCCCUGGAUCCCAAACCAGCAUGGUUGCUCCAUAUAGGUAGAUGGAUGCAAUGCAGAUGAGGAGUCACAAUAACGUGGCUGUAAUAUGUUGACCAAACCACACACUAGAAAGUGAAGAGACGACGACGUUUCGGUCCGUCUUGGACCAUUCUCAAGUCGCUUCUGUGAUCGACAGGUUGAAGUUAAAAUUUUACUCGGUGAAAUCGGCCCAUAUAACAUGGAGAAAUAUUAGGUUAUGAAUGUUACAUGAGAUGAGAACUGACCAACUUUGCCAUAAUGGAUAAGCACUGAUCAAAAUUUUCUGCUCACAACAUUCCUAGUAAGUUGCUUGAGAAUUUCAAGUUCGAAGAAAUCUAUAUCAAGAUGACAAAUUAAUUAUCAGUGCAUGAUGUUCCUUAAGAACAUCAUUUCAAUCUUACAGCAGCUGUUGAUCCAUGUGCCUCUUCAUUUGGAUUAAAAGUUCAUAAGCAUGGAUCAGACACAAGAAAUAAUGCAUUCCUUGUUUUCGCUCGAUCCUAAUAUGGAAAACAGAGGUCAUCUGUAUCCAUACAAUUAUCCAUAUGGACAGUAUCCUUACCCAUACCCCUAUCCAUACCCUCCUCCUCAUCCAUCAUCAGCCCAUGCAAACAUUCCUCCCACAUCACAUGGUAUGCCUCCACCAUCCUGCCAUCCUAUAACCCAGGCUUCUCAGAGUCUCGCAGCAUCACAGAAUAACCUCUCACCAUAUAGUGGUGGAGUCCAUAGUAUCCGUCCACCAAUGACUAACAUGCGAGAACAAAUAGGAGAUGGCAGGCUCCCAUUAGAAAGCAGAAUACCUCAUCUGAGUGAUAUUGACAGGCACACAAUGAAUACACAGCAUAUGGCAGAAGAUCUGCGUAGUGUACCUGUAGAUUCCAGAAAUCUUGGGGAUGUUAGACAUCAUCCAGUUGACAUGAGACCAAUGUCUGCAGAACAACGGUAUUUAGGUGAUUUAAGAUCAUUUUCAAGUCACCCACGCUCAUCCUCCACAGAUUUACGUCAUGUUACUGAUUACUCUUCUCAGCCAACAGAUUUACGAACACAACCAAUUGAUGCUAGAAUGUUUAGUGAUGUACGUCAACUUGCUGGCGAUACAAGGCCACCACUAAAUGAAACGAGGCUUAUGGGGGAUCCUAGGCAUUCUUCAGGUGAAAUAGGGAAUCGGCUCCAAGGAGACCCAAGGGUUCUAAUAAGUACAUCUGCAGGUGACUUCAGAUAUGAAGGAGACUUGAGAACAUACGAUAAUCGUCCUUCUAGUGUUGCUCAACCUACCGAAGAGUUGCAACUCUUAUCUGGUGAUCCAAGGCCUCCAAUAAGUAAUGUAAGGUCCAUGGAUGAGACAAAGUCUCUUUAUGAUUCUUCAAGAAUGAGUACAAAUGAAAUUAGGCUUCCAUUACAUCAGUUUGAUACAACUAAUCUUUUGAAAUCAUCUGAAAAUCAGCAUUAUUAUGAUAAUAGAAGUAGUUUAGAAAUUAACAAGCCAUCAGUCAAUGGUGAAGAUCUUUCUACAAAACAUUCAGCUGAGGACAUGGGACAAAUGCUCACCGAUUCAAGAGUCACUUCAGGAAAUAACAGUAAUUCUGUCCAAGAUAUGCAUCAAAAUAUGAAUGACCCAAAAAUACAGCUUGGUUCAUCAGGGCAAAGUGCCGAUGAAGUUAACCAAGGAACUCUGAGAUACCCAACAAUCAGUAGUCCAAACACUUCUUUAGGGUUGUUGUCCCAUGCCUUAGGACAGCAUUUAAAAGAAGAUGAGAAUGAGGAUAAUACAGAUCUUAUGCAAAACGAACCUCUUAAUAUGGACAACAAAAGUUAUCAUCACAUGGAUGAAUCUAACGGAGAUAAAAAUAAAGCAGACAUAAAUGGUGAAUAUGAAGACAAACAUGAAAAAUCAGAAAUUACUCAGGAUAUUGAUGAAGAUGACUUUGACUCUGAAGCUUCUUCUACAGAAUACUCUAACCCUUAUAUAGAAUUUAAUGAUGUAGCACAUGGAGUAUUCAAUAAUGUUAACAAUAUUGCUGGCCCAGUUAAACCUUUUCACUGUGAAGACUGUGAUGCCACUUUCACCACUAAAGGAAACCUUAAAGUACAUAAGAGAAUACAUACUGGAGAAAGGCCAUACGAAUGUGAGGAAUGUGGUAAAACUUUUUCAUAUUGUGCAUCAUAUCAAUCUCACAAGUUAAUACAUAGUGGUCACAGACCAUAUAAAUGCGAGUUUUGUGAUAGGGCAUUUUUCCGUAGUGAACAUUUAGAACGUCAUAGAAGAAGGCAUACAGGUGAAAGACCAUUUAAGUGUACAGAAUGUGAUGCUACUUUUGCUGCUAGUGAUGGAUUGUCAAGGCACACAAGAACUCAUACUGGUGAAAGACCUUAUAGCUGUGGGGAAUGUGGAAUGUCAUUUGCUUAUAAAUCUACUUACCUUAGACAUAAAAUGAUGCAUUCUGAGGGGGAAUACAAAUGUGAAGACUGUGGUGCUGCAUUUAAAGACCCUGUUAGGUUAGAUAAACAUAUUAAAAAGCACAACGACCCAAACUAUAUCCCAUAUUCUGAUGAAGGUAAACCUAAACCUCAUAAACUCAUAGAAGAUGGUGUAGAAGUUACAGGAUGCGAGUUCUGUCAGAUGAAAUUUAAAAGAAAAUCAGAUUAUUAUCUUCACCGGAGAACACACACUGGAGAAAAGCCAUAUGUGUGUGAUGUAUGUGGAUCAUCAUUCAUCAGAAGAGCAUACCUGGACAUUCAUAUGCGUACUCAUACUGGUGAACGCCCAUAUAAUUGUGAAUCUUGCGAAUCUGCAUUUAAAACUCGCACAGCCCUAAAGUUUCAUAGACGUACUCACAGUGGUGAAAGGCCUUACAAAUGUGAACACUGUGAUUUUGCCUUUGCCCAGAAAUCUGCAAUGAAAGCGCACACACGUAUUCAUACUGGUGACAAACCAUAUAAAUGUGACUCGUGUGAAGCUGCUUUUCGCCAUAGUAGUAGUUUAACUAUUCAUAAACGAACUCACACUGGAGAAAGACCGUAUGUUUGUGAUGUUUGUGGAGCAACGUUUGCCCAAAGACCUCACCUCAAUCUACACAAAAGAGCUCAUUCAGGUAUUAAGCCACAUACUUGUGAUGAGUGUAAUGCAUCUUUCACAAAAAAGGAUUACCUCUUGGCUCACAAAACAAAACAUGCAGGUGGAAGUACAAUCAAGAUUGAAGCUUUAGUAGAAGCUGCAGGUGAACAGGUAUACAAAUGUACUGACUGUGAGAUGGUAUUUACUCACCAUUCCAGCCUAACAGUGCAUAUGAGAAAGCAUACCGGUGAGCGACCAUUUGUGUGUGAAGACUGUGGUGCAUCAUUUUUGUAUAGCUCUAACCUAACAACUCAUCGCAGAAAACACACUGGUGAAAGACCUUAUAAGUGUGAUCAGUGUGAAGCCUCUUUUAUUUUAAAAAGCUAUUUAACCAUGCAUCUUAGGAAACACUCUGGUGAAAGACCAUUUAAAUGUGAUGAAUGCCAAGCUUGUUUUACACAAAAAACACACUUGUCAACCCAUAGAAGGAUUCACACUGGAGAAUGCCCAUACAAAUGUGAAGAGUGUGGAGAGGCCUUCCGUGAUGGUGCAAAUUUUUGGAGACACAAGAAGAAACAUUUAAUUGGUGAAGGAGCUGCAACAGUAACACGUAGAAGAGGAAGAAGAGGGCGAGGAAGAGGUGGCACUAAAGGAGCCAGAACUGCUCCAACCAGGCGAACAACACGUAUUCGUCGUGCCACAGUAAAGUUUGAAGACCUAUAUGAGCAAUUUAUUGUUAACCAACCAGAUGACCGAGUAUUUGUUAAAGAAGAGCCUAAUGAUCAAUCAAAUAAAGAUGAAGAUGAUGAGGAGGAUAGACCUUAUAUACCAAUUAACCCGAUGGUAGAAAUAAAGUUGGAAGGAGAAGAUGAGCAUCAACAACUUUUAGAUAAAGGAACAGAGUCAAAAGAUCAAGUGGAAGAUCAACUGGCCACAAUCAGUGAAGAUGCUGCUGUUGAAGACCAGCUUCCAGGAAAUGAUGAUGAUGAGAACGAUAAAGAGAACGUGGAAAAAAGGCCGGUGCAUAUGUCUGACAGGUCACAUGUGAAUGAUGAUACAAUAGAUAAUGUGUCAAAAUAAAUGAGUAUUUUUGUUUUAAAAUUAUAAUGUACAAGUCUAAUGAACACAAGGUUGCCAAGUACAGUAUAGGGAAGUUGUUAGUGGUGAAACUCGUCAUUAAAAUUAUAUAUAUUUAUUUAAUUUUUUACUUAAUGAUAUAUUGAUAUGGAUCUCAUUUUGGGUGUAUCUUGUUUUAUAAGUAAUAGAAUAUUAUUAUUUAUUAUCAAAGUUAUGGAAUAUAUUAUCUGAAGUAGUUUGUAUCCUUGUGAUGUUAUGAGAAAAGAUUUUAUGUGAUGUAUUUUCCAGUGAUUGCUGUAGUGUGUGUAGUGUUACAAGCCUGGUCUUGUCCUGGCUCUAUUUCUAUUUAUAGAAAGAUGAUGUGGAAGUAUUUACCCUUUGAGGAUUCAAGGUUUUCCUUUUAUCAUUGCCAAUUAAGUACUUUUUUGUGAUAAUGUAAAUUGGAAUCAUGUUUAUAUUCAGACACAUAUAUAUUUAUGUAUAUAUUUUGUUUAUUAUAUGAUAUUUAAAUUUAAUAUUUUAUCUUGGAAUUAUUUGUUAUAUAAACUUUUAAGUCUAAACACAGGGAAAUGUUAGUAAUGUAAUUUCCUUCCUUUACAUUUGUUUCGUGAACAAUUACUAGUCAGAAUAGGCAUGAAGUCAAUAUAUUUUGAUGUUAAGACAAGGUAAUUUGUUUGUGUGUCUGGUGUUUACAGUAGGUUUGGCUGUAAAUAGCAAAUGUUUAGAAAUUUCUUAUGUUUGGGAUACACUAGAUAUUUAAUUAUAUUUACAGUGAUUUGUGAGAUGUGAAGAAAAAAAAAAAGAGAGAAUAAAUUUUGAACCAUG